AAUCUAAACACUAAGGCAACACCAGAACUCAUAAUUCAGAGAAGAAGAAUGAGUGCUUUGAUGAAGCUUGUUCUUCUUGUCCCAUGUUCUUUGUUCUUCAUAGCUUUGAUGAAGUUGCUUUAUGAUUAUUUGUGGAUACCUCUCCGUAUACAGCGUAUGCUGAAUUCACAGGGAAUUAUGGGACCUCCUUACAGAUUCAUUCAGGGAAACAACAAAGAAGUCGCGAAAAUGAGACAAGAAGCGUCGAGUAAAUCACCGGGCUUGACGCAUGACAUAUUCCCCAUAGUUCAUCCUCAUAUGUGUUCCUGGAUCGAAAAAUACGGGAAGAAUUAUCUUUCUUGGGACGGUGUUCGACCUGAAGUCGUGAUUUCAGAUCCUGAAUUGAUCAGAGAAGUUCUGAAAAACAGUGAAAAAGCUUUUCCGAAAAGGAAGCCUACGGUUUACCUUAACAAUAUGUUAGGGGAUGGAAUCCUGUUAGUCGAGGGCGAAAAGUGGGAGAGGAAGAGGAAGUUAGCAGAUCAUGUCUUUCAUGGAGAAAGCUUAAAGAACAUGACACCGACAAUAAUCGCUAGUGUUGAAACAAUGCUCGGAAGAUGGAAAGGCCAAGACGGUAAAGAGAUUGAAGUAUUCGGAGAGUUUAGAGUACUGACAUCGGAAGUGAUAUCGAGAACAGCUUUCGGUAGCAGUUACGUGGAAGGGGAGAAGAUUUUUGACAUGUUGAACAAGAUGUCAAUAAUCAUGAAAAGAAAUAUUUUCAAGACUAGCAUUCCUUUUUUCCACAAGUUACGUAAACCUGCAGAUCUGCUGGAGUCGGAAGCACUUGCGAAAGAAAUACGAGAUUGUGUGAUGAAGAUUGUUAAGAAAAGAGAAGACAAAGUUAUGAAUGGAGAAGCUGAUAACUUUGGCAAUGAUUUUCUGGGAUUGCUUGUAAAUACCUUUCAUGAUUCGGACAAGAAAAAUCGAAUUUCAUUGGAAGACUUGGUAGACGAGUGCAAAGCAUUCUACUUGGCCGGACAAGAAACUGUUAAUUCUUUGCUUGCCUGGACAGUCUUCCUUUUAGCAAUCCAUGGAGAUUGGCAAGAGAAAGCAAGAAGACAGGUGAUUAACAUAUUUGGUAACCAAAAUCCACAUACUACAGGCCUUGCCAAACUCAAAAUUAUGACGAUGAUCAUUAACGAAACUCUAAGAUUGUAUGGUCUAUCAAAUGGCCUGAUGAGAAAAGUUGGAAGAGAAGUUCGGUUGGGAAAGCUAGUCUUGCCUGCUAAUAUAGAUCUUAUGUCUCUAAAUGUUGCAGUUCAUCAUGACCCUCAACUAUGGGGAGAUGAUGUGCAUCUUUUUAGACCAGAGAGAUUUGCAGAAGGUAUUGCCAAAGCUACCAAUUAUAAUGCGGGUGCAUUCUUUCCCUUCGGAUUGGGACCUCGAUCUUGCGCUGGCAUGAGUUUUGGAAUAACUGAAACAAAAACUGCUCUCUCGAUGAUUCUACAACGCUACUCCUUCACCCUCUCCCCUGCCUAUGUCCACUCACCAAUAUCAGCUAUCACCGUUCAACCGAAACAUGGAAUUCAAAUAAUACUCGAGUCACUGCACGAUGAUGCUCAGAGUACACAGUAGCUAAGGACAUGGUAAAGAAAUGCAAGCAACUUUUAAUUCCCAAAACGGUAAAGCAAGCAAUCAAUAGAAAGAAUGCAUGUUCAGUGUAUAAUUUGUACUAGCUAUGCAAUCAAUAAAUGCUUAACUUUUCUUUUCUA